AUGAAUGUAAUCGAGAACUAUGCUCCUCAACACGUCCAAGCAGACUCCACUGAUGACACACAGCUAUCCAUCAUUCAGCAACCCAUUAAUCUUGCUGAAUUCACUGGUAUUGCAUAUCUUUGGCUUGACGAAUUAGUUACUAACGCCAAACAGGAGUAUAAUAGUAUUAGUCAGCCAGCGUCAUGGAGAUUUUUUUCAAGUCUACCUAUAUGUGCUACAUUUAUUCGUACUCAAUGCAAAGAUAAACGAGUAUUUCUCAUUUCAUUUGGACGUCUGGGCGAAUCACCUAUUAAAGCAGUUCACCCCCGACCGCAGCUACAUCGCGUCUAUAUCUAUUGUGGCGAUGUUCAACGUAAUCUGGAAUGGGCCGCUAAAUUUGAUAACGUAGGCGGCGUUUAUAAUGAUGAAAAAAAUUUGAUUCCGCAACUGACAAGAGAUGUAGCUCAAACUCUGAUAGAAAUAGGUGAUGCAUAUAUUCAAAUACACGAACGGUUCAUUUGCUAA